AUGGGCGAAGGCGAGUCGGGGGACCCGCAAAUACCCACCGGCGUCUUCUACUUCAUCUUUGACGUCGAAGACGCCCCGGUCAUCUUCACCGCCAUCACCUGCUUCUUUGUUGGUGGGAUAGUGAGCGAGUUCGUCCAGUCAAUGCUCCCGGCAAAUCUCCUUGGCUCCAGUCUCGGCCUGUAUAUCGCCUAUCAUCUCGAGCGAUACUAUCGCCACAGACGGGAGAUAUCGCGGCUGUACCAACCGCUCAACGAUGAUGUCGGCCUAUCUGAGGAUGACGACGACAUGGAAGGGAGUUCGAUGCAGCUUCUGCCGACCCACAUUCAAAAUACCUCAUCUCACAAUGCAGCAAAGGCUACCGCGGCAAAGCCUGGCGGGCUCAUCCGUUUGGAGAACGUUUGGGACGAGGGUGAAGAGCUCUUUGGUAUUGGCGAUGAUACUGACGAUGAGGGAGAUGCUCAUGUUCGAAUACCUACGUCGAAGCCAGCUACGCCGAAGAUCGUCGUCACCGAUGCAGAGGAACCUUGA